GCCUAUUGGCUCCCGUCAGGCUCCGCCCCGGCUCCUCAGCCAAUCGCGUGGCUCAUCACACGCAGGAGUUCGCACAGCGCCCCCUGGUGGUCAGGAGGGGGCAGCGCUUCCAUGUGGGCGUGGCCUUGCCCCGCCCCCUCCGCGAGGGCGACGAGAUUUGCAUGGAGCUGACGCUGGGCCCCACCCCCCAGGUCUCCAAGGGCACUCACGUCCUGGUCCCGCUCGGAGGCUCCUCCCCCUCGGGCUGGGAGGCGGAGCUUGACGAGGGCGUGGCCGAGCCGCUGGUGGGCGUGGCCGGAAGUGAGGUGUUGUGGGUGGGGCUCCGGGCCCCGCCCACGGCUCCCAUUGGUCGGUACCGGCUGAGCGUCAGGACGAGGACGGAGAGCGGGGAAUUCGCCGCGCCCUUCGAGGCCGACAACGACGUGGUGCUGCUCUUCAACCCCUGGUGUCCCGAAGAUUCCGUGUUCAUGGAGAAAACCAGCGAGCUCAGCGAGUGUGUCCUGAAUUUGGGGGAAAAUUGGGUUGGGGAUUCCAGAAGAUUCCGUGUUCAUGGAGAAAACCAGCGAGCUCAGCGA